UGAUAUUAUCAAAAGUAUAAUGUUUACAAGUGCUGUAUUUAGAGGUUAGAUCAUGUGGACAACAUAAUAAUUGCAUUAAGAAUAUUAACUACCAAUCGAAUUUAUGUCUCGUUUCCUGUAGUUGCAAUAUCAAUAUGGUUGUUAAAGUACACGAGAAUCGAAAUGAGAAGAACUAUAUACUCAAUCGAAAAUCUGGCAGAAGUAUAAUAGAGCGCCGACCUGUAUUUUCCCCCGAUGGAGAAUCACUUGUUAUUAUCGUGGAAAACACAUUACGUGUAUAUAACAUUUAUACUGGCGAUUGGGUCCGCUCACUUGAAACUGAAACUGCUGUGAACACUAUCAUUGGUGCAGAGUUUCCCGAACAUCAGAACUACAACUUGUUUGGUUGUUCUAAUAAUGGCCUCCUUACUACUUGGACUUGGGAAAAUGGUGCAGUUCUUAGAGAAAUUGCCUUACAAAUACCACACAAUAAUCAAGUAGUAUCAUUCAAUAUAAUAAAUGAAUCGGAUUGUUUAUUACUAACUGCUCAUCCAAUGAAGAAGUUCUUACACAUUGGAUCGUACAAUCUUAAAACGGGAGCAUUAAACAUUGAGUAUGUUGAUACAAAGGUGCCUAAGAAUGAUAUACUUGCUGUUUCCAUGGGGUUCUGUAACGGUGAACCUAUUGCAGCCAUUGUGAGUGGCUAUUGCAAGUUGCAUGUGCAGAACCUGAAUAGACCAGAAAAGAGUGCAUUGCUCCGAUCGAAGUACAGGUUGCUGUCUGUGUCUAUGAGUAAGGGAGGUGCAAUUGCAGCCACUGACACACUAGGCAGGACAAUAGUGUAUCGAGGCAAUAUUUGUGAUCAUAUAAAUGUGGGAAGUGAGGUGUUACAUUGGCAUGCCUUGCCUCUGUUUGCCGUUCAUUUCUCUAAAGUAGGUAGUUAUAUUCUUACUGGUGGAAUGGAAAAAGUAUUAGUCAAGUGGACCAUUGGGAGCUUGGCGCAAAAAGCGAAUGAGAAGAAAUUUAUCCCCCGCCUCCCAGGUUUCAUCAGAUAUAUAACAACAAGCAAUGAUCAUGUUGCUGUCACUUUGUCCAAUAAUUCUGUGGUGAUAGCGAACAUGCAACUUCACGUAACAACAACCAUCCUAGAGUGUGGAGGUUUAUCAUCAGUGACUCGCUCACUUGGUUCGUCCCUUAUAUACCACAAGAAGCUAUCGUCGCUUAUUGUACCGGGUAGAACGGGCUAUUUGCAGUUAUUUUCCACUACUACGGAUAAAGUUCUAUAUAAUAUUGACAUAACAGAAGUGAACCACAUACCAAGCGAGCGUUACAACAUACUGCCAGUAGAAACGGAAGUGACUUGCGCUGCCAUAAAUGCAAGUGGUUUAUGGCUUGUCACCUCCGAAUACAGAUAUGAUGGCACUAAUUACCCUGAGGAAAAACUCAAGUUCUGGUCGACACACUACAAUGCAUCUUCCUCUUUCAAAUUAAACACCUGUGUCAACCUAUCACACGGAGGUUGCGACGUAGUCUCUAUUGCUCUCAGCAGAAAGGGUGAUUUUUGUAUAACAGCUGGAAACGAUCAGAAGUUCAGGAUAUGGAAAUUUUCUAUGGAAAAAGGCAAAAAUAGGUGGCUCUGCCUCACCGCGUGCUAUUAUUCGUCCGGUAUCGCGCAUUAUUUAUCCAACCCGGUGUUAAAUGAGUUCAAACAUGGAGAUAUUCUCGGAAUUGGUACAGUGGCUGAACGGCCAUAUUUGAGCCAAGACCAAAAUGAGAAUGAUAUGGUCAGAAAAGUGUGGAAUAUUCAUAAAUCCAAUAUCAAUGAUAGGAUGGUGGAACAGAAUUCUUAUAAGGGGGAUAACGCUAUGGGGGGCGUGGCCAUAUCACAGGAUGGGUCGUUGAUAGCUGCCUGGUUUGGGAGUAAAUUAACGCUGUGGGAUUCGCAUUUGUGUAACUUGAGAACUACGUUAUCACAUCCCGCGUUACGGCCGAAAGGGAGAGAAGUUCAGUUCGGAAAUAUGGAUGCGGCGCACUAUUUAGUAUGUACAACGGAUUACUGUCUAGCCGUGUGGAGUCUGUUGUCUCUAACAAUGAAGUGGAUGGUACAGAACAGUCCCACGUGUCUCGUAGCUGAUCCAUUCUCUAACAGGAUGAUGGUUGUCAACCAGGAUAAUGAUGUGUUUGUGUUCACACCACACGAUUCCACUCCAGUGCUGUCUCGCAAGCGUCUAUUAGACCCAGAAGAAGGCGCAAUCAGCCAGUGUGCGUUCGGGAACACAACUCGUAACGAUGUUACUGUUUAUCUAUUGAGGAAUAACUCUGAGUUAUAUAGUCUAGAGCCAGAACGGUCAUCAAAGAAGCAACUAGAAGCGAUAACGCACAGGAACCUGCCAGCGUCCAAGUUCAGCACGCUGUUGGCUGAACAGCAAGUCUCUGAAGUGACGUCAUCAGCGGUUGCUGAAAUUCAGCAAUUGAAUCAAGAGUCGCUGGGACACAAGGCUACGUCUCUGUUUCUAUCAUCAUCAUCAUACAUGGUGCCACCAGUGACGUCACUCAGUACAUCAUUCUUAGAACUGAUAUCUGGAUGCCAAGAAGUAGAAGAAAUUGAUGAUCAGCAACCAGCUAUGGAGGUAGAUGCCGAUACAAGUGAUGAUGAAGAAAUACCCAAAGUAUCGGCGCCCAAACCUGAACAAUUAUGCAAGGCUAAUUAUGAAAAAAUUAAAGAGAAAAAGUUAAAGAAGCUUCUGGAAAAUCAAGUUUUGGAUUUAAAUGUGACUGCUGAUGUAUUCGGCUUGUAAAUAA